AUGGCAACCCAAGUGAUACCAUUAUGGACCCCAGAAUUCGAACGUGAUCUCUUACUGGCCAUGAUCAGUACCCCAAAGGACGUCUUUGGUAUGUACAACUGGAAGACUGCUCUCCGAAAGCUGCACAUUGUUGGGCAUGGAAAGGGCCUCAACGAGCAAGACAUCGAUUGGCAUACCAGGAUCAAAUCUUUCAUCAUGAUGAGAGACUUCAACGACAAAGUUCAGAAGAACCCACAACCGAACAUCAUCAUCAGUGGACCCCCUGGGUCCAUUCAGCCGGCACUCCCGUUCAUCCAAUUGAUCCCGCCGACACUACUAGGAAAACGGCUCCCAGGCCCAAGCUCAGCCGGCUCGGACCUUCGCCAGGUAUAUCAAGUACGAGGUGAUCCAAGCAACGAGAUCAUCAAGGAGGAGGAUGUCAGUGCUUCCACGGGAAUCCAGCGCCCACAAUCUCAAAUCGCACUCUUCGAAACCGCGGGCACGACAAGUCAGCAGAGUGGAAUCAAAGAAGACGUACCGCAGGGCCGUGAUGAGGAUGCAGAGGGUGCAAAAAAGAAUGCAAGCGAUGAAGAUGAGGUAAUCUUCACCGGAAGACGUGGCAGGUACCGUGGAAGACCCUUCGAGGACAGCCACUGGACGUGGAGUGCGUAA